CCUGGGUUGCUCCGGGGCAAAUUGGGCAGGUCCGGGCAGCGCUGGGCUGCGCGGUCUCCCAGACAACGGACAGCGGGCGGGGAACACACCACCCAGGGCCGGGCAGAGAUCGCGCAGCCUCUGGCACCAUGACCGACUGCAGGCGGCUCUUGCGGUCGGGGACGCUGGCCCCGGUGCCCGAGCGCCGGUACUGCGGGCCCGGGUACAAAGAGCAUCUUCCCUCCGGGUAUUUCACUGUGCACAGAAGGCUGAAGUUUCCCAGCUCCCUGAACAGCCAGCGCUGGGUGUUUGUGGGAGAGGGCCUGGACUUCAGGAAAGGCUGUCGGCCUUGUGGAGGUCUAAUGGCUCAGGGCCCCAAGGAGAGCUUUCUGCCCAUGAUUCAUCAUGGAGUCCCUCCACUACCCUCCAAGAAGAGGCCGAAUGAGCUGCUCUCCAGGCUCUCGUGGGCCCAACGGGCUCGGAAGGCUUUUGUGGAGGAUGUGGAAGCCCGCUUGGCUCUGCAUCCCCUGGCUCUCCAUCCCCACCUGGAAGAAGCCAUGCCUGCCCAGCUCUUAUUACAGGUGCUGGAAGUGCUUGAUCCUGAGAGGAAGCUGGAGGAUACUUGGGCUUAUUGUCAGGACACCAAGAAAGGAACAAAGGAGCCCACAAAGCUUUCUAAAAACCAUUCUACCCAAGUGUGCCUGGGACUUCCCAAGAAGACUCCUAUGUCACAUUCAGGCCAGUGGCUUUAUGAAGAAAAGCCAAGUAAAAGGGACGUGCUCCAUGAAGAUGGUCCUCUUCUGCAUGAAAAUGUACGCAGAGAAGUUAGUGACUUCUGCAAGUGGGCUACCACUCUUGGAAGUUCAAACAUUGAUGAAGAGUUCAUCUUGAAACAGUUUGACCUUGGCUAUCAGAGCAAACCACCCUGUGAUGUGCUCCGUGUCAUGAGGCUAAACCAGGUUCCUUUGGAGUUGAAGAAGAGUGUGGGGCUAAAUAAGCUACAGGAGGCAGAUUUCUUCCAGAAACGAGAUCAUGAGAGGACACAACGGAAACCACAGAAUCCUUAUAAACCAAAGCCGGUGAAGAUGAGGUAUGGAGCAUGGUAUUUGAACACCAAUUUAUGGAAAAAGCAAAGAGCAGAUGAACCUUUGGUUGAUCCCAGAGUUUCAUCUAAAUCUCAGGAUGAGAAUUUUAAAAAGAAGCUACAGGACCAGGAAGAGUUACUUGCAGACCUUCAUGGGAUAGAUGCCUUUAAGGAUUUCAUCCUACGUAGGGGCUACAGGAUGCCCAGGCUGGCUCAGCCUCUUCCCAUGGAUAACCCUGAUACUACACCCCUUAGAAGACACAGGGGAGGUCAGCAGAGAGGAGAGUUCAGCAGGAGAGUCUGCAGUCUGGAGUUGGGUACCCAGACCACUCCUGUAACCACAGCAGAUUUGGGACCAAAGUUGUAGCUAAUAUUCCUUGAGAAGAUUUAUAUUGGGAAGAAAGAUAAAUGUGCAUAUAAUAAGACUCCUAUAAAACUUACUUGAGCAUAGAAGAAUCUUGGAAAGAUAAUUAGGCAUAUUUUAUUGACUACAUACUUGGCUAUUGCUUUCCCGUUUUAAACAUUAAGUAAAAUUUAUGAUAAGUGUCCUAAGUGUCUGACUGUAGAUAUACAACUGCAACUUGUCAACAUCCAUAAAUGUAAGAUCUAAUGCUGCAAAUAUUUCUCAUUGUUACCUGCUUCAUUUUAGUUGUAGUUGGACAUAAUACCUUAAUGUUUUAUAUAUUUUAUCAAAUCUGAAAUCAAUAUUCACAUGUAUUCUUCUCACAUUUUUAUAUCAUUGUGAAUAUUACAUAGGUAAUAUCAACUAUUUGUAAAAAUAAAUGAAACAACAAUAAAGGCAGAAUUGCUUUAUUGAAUUUUU